AUGGCGCCUCAUGGACUCGGUCGGGAACGUGAGAGAGAUCAUACUAGUAUGCAGAAACCGGAAAUCAACCCGAAUAACCCGAUAAACCUUAUGGCGGUGUUGGAGAAUAUGGCUGCUGCUAUGCAGGCCACUACGGAGACUCUUGGGCAACAGAUAAACAAUAAUGGCAAUGGCGGAAGGGAAGCUCAGGGCCUGAUGACACUGGAAACUUUCUUAAAGGUUAAUCCACCUAAGUUUAAGGGAACCACCAAUCUGACUGAGGCCAAUACCUGGUUUCAGGCUAUAGAGCGAGCACUGCAAGCACAGUUGGUACUCGAGGAGCAGUGUGUUAAAUUUGCUACCUAUCUGCUUACUGGGGAAGCAUCGCAUUGGUGGCAAGGGACCCGACACCUCUUGCAGCAGGGGGAUGAUCCUAUCACUUGGGAUGCCAUCCAGGUAGAAUUCUAUAAGAAGUACUUUCCGAAUUCCACCAGGACAGCCAAUGAAUUGGAGUUACUACAGCUGAAGCAAGGUGCUAUGUCCGUAUCUAAGUAUACAGACAAAUUUGAUGAGCUAUUCGGGUUUUCCCGCAUGUGUCAGGGAGCUCCGGGAGACUUCGAGGAAUGGAAAUACAUUAAGUAUGAAGGAGGGCUUUGGAGCGACAUCUUAAGUUUAGUGGGACCAAUGGAGAUCCGAACUUUUUCAGAGUUGGUGAAUAAGAGCAGAAUUGCUGAAGAGUGUAUGAAAAGGAGGGUUGCAGAGAAAGGAAGUCAUAGAGAGCACAACCAAGGAUUUUCACCAAGGGGUCGAAAGUUUAAGGGGAGAGGAUACAUACAACACUUUCCCCAUGGACGGAAUAACUUUGCGACGAGUGAAAAGUCCCAAAGAAACGGUAAGGGAAAACGGGCAGCGGCUGCUUCUGAUGUUUUGAGCUGUCAGAUAUGUGGAAGUCAUCACCCAAAUAGGCCGUGCCGAGUGGGGUUAGGUGUAUGUUACAAGUGCGAGUUACCAGGGCAUGUAUCAAGAAAUUUCCAACAAGGAGAGAGUCAGGAUGCGGGCCGAUUGCGACAGUAA